AUGGAGGUGAUUUGCUGCGGCAGCUACAGAAGAGGCCGCAGCGAAUGCGGAGAUAUAGAUAUGCUGCUGAUUAAAGAAGACAGCUGCAAAGACCCUAAGAUCAUAUUCAAAGUGGUUGAACUGCUGCGACGGCAUGGCCUCAUAGUGCAAGACCUGCAGUACAAGAAGAUGCACAAGGAGGGCUCAGCGAGCGACGCAGCAGCAGCAGCUGCAGCAGCAGACACAGCAGCAGCCGCAGCAGCAGCCGCAGCAAGUGACACCGACGAAGGUUCAGAUAGUAGCGGUGGGGAUCCUCCGAUGCUCUCUGCUGCUGCUGCUGCUGGUGCUGCUGCUGCUGCUGCUCCCCGUGUCAUUCCUCUCACAGGCAAGCUGAAAGGAAC